AUGCCGCCGCGUCCGUCCCGUGAUGAAUACCGCCGCGUCCGCGAGGGCCGCGAGAAUCGCGACCGCCCCGAAGGCGCUGAGAACGAGGUGCGUGUGACUGCUACCCAUGGCCAGCACAGCUACAUCUCGUACGUCAUCGCCGUGCUGAACGGUGAGGACGGCAAGAUGCGCAACGACACGGUAAAGAUCAGCGGCAUGGGCGGCGCCAUCUACAACGCCGUCAACAUCGCCGAAAUUGUGAAGCGCCGCAUUGCUGGCCUGCACCAGGUCACUGAGCUGGGCUCUGAGCUGGUCCGCGACGAGUAUGAGCCGAUCGACCGCACCCGGAACCCGGAGAACGUCGUGGUGGAGCGCAAGGUUUCCACAAUCCUCAUCACGUUGUCCCGUAACUGCUUGGACAAGUCCAACCCUGGUUAUCAGGAGCCGAUCCCGGAUAGCGAGGUGACGGAGCAGGAGAGGCGCGACCCCAAUAUAAGCCGUCGCGGCGGUCGUGGUGGCAGCCGCGGUGGCCGUGGUGGCAGCCGUGGUGGUCGUGGUGGCAGCCGUGGUGGUCGUGGCGGAGGCCGUGGUGGCCGCGGGGUAGGGGCCAUCGAUCGCCGCGAUGACCGCGAGAACUAG